AUGAACUACAUAAGGCUGCGAAAACACGAAAAUAUUUGCAUUUUAAUAUUAGGCAGCAAAAUGGAUACUAGGAUUUGUUUAUUGUUCAGUGUUUUGAUUAUUGCGAAUGUAAAUGCAUUCGCGAAGCGAGAUGUGGUCACUGAGGUAGAAGGGGCGGAAGAAGCGUCAAACGCAGAAACCUCGUACGGCAUUAUUGAGAGAGUCAAGUACUGCUACGGUGAAACUCUGUCAAAUACUGUCAAUAUUGUCAAAAACGAGCAUUUGCAGCCUUUACUUAGCUUUUUCGAACACUCGUGGAACAAAAUUCGAAGAUAUGAGUCCGAAGGUCCAAAAUAUGAGCGUUAUAGCAAAGACAAGACCCCAAUCACAUGGGACAUCUUCCAGCAUGACAUAAAGGAAUUUAGAAAUUGUGUUCGCCAAACCUUGACCGAGAUAGUGGAUGACGUUACAGAGACGAAGCUGCAACCACUGUUCCAUAACGUUGAAGAGCAUUUGGGAAAACUUACUAGAGUGGUUGACGUACUGACUACAACUAGGGAAAGAAAACCACAGGAUCAAGAUUAA